AUGGCGACUCUCAAACGAAGCUCCACUACCGAUCGGGACAUUUCUCCACCUCCGACCAAGCGCAAGGUCACCACCGCAACCACCAGCAAAGUCGUCGCCAACUUCUUCAAGCCAGCGUCACAAAAGGAGCCCGAGAAGUCAAUAUUCACCACCGUCAACGACUCGCUGCUCGUGGCUCAUUUCGGAAACGCCAACACCAUCGAUCGAACAAGACCUUUCAAGAUUGCCGCCUUUGACUUCGACUCCACCCUGAUCAAGACCAAGUCUGGCAACAAAUUCGCACGAGGAGCGGAUGACUGGACGUGGUGGCACGCGUCAGUCCCGGGUCGACUCAAACAAUUGCACGAAGAUGGCUACGCUGUGAUGGUCUUGAGCAACCAAGGCGGUAUUAGUCUCAAAGCGCCUGAUGCCAAAUCCAAAACCAUCAAGUCAGACACAAAGUCGCUCGAGAACUUCAAAGGACGCGUUCUUGCCGUUGCGAACGUAUUAGACUUUCCAAUAUCUGUCUAUGCAGCAACGCAGAAGGACAUGUUUCGUAAGCCACGCACAGGGAUGUGGGAGCGAGCCCUGAGAGAUUAUGGAAUCAGCGACGACAACGCUCUCGACCUCGACCACGCAGGUUCGAUCUUCGUAGGCGACGCUGCCGGGAGAGAAGGUAACAAGGCCGCCGGCAUCGCCAAAGAUUUCUCCUCUUCCGAUCGCGACCUGGCCGCCAACAUCGGCAUCACCUUCCACACCCCCGAAGAGUUCUUCCUCGGCGAAGCUCCCCUCCCAUACACCCGAACCUUCCAACCCACCGACCACCUCACCUCUACAGCAUUCACCCCAUCCAUUACAGCCGCCCACCCCCUAGAGAUCAUCCUCUUCUGCGGCAGUCCCGGCUCCGGCAAGUCCACCUUCUACCAAACCCACCUCGCACCGCUGGGCUACACACGAGUGAAUCAGGACCUCCUGAAGACCCGGGACCGCUGCAUCCGCGCCUGCCGCGACGCCCUCGGACAUCCGGAUCCCGCCCAGCGCCGCUCCGUCGUGGUGGACAACACCAACGCCGACGUCGCCACGCGCGCCGUGUGGAUCGACCUCGCGCGGACGCACAAGAUCCCCGUCCGCCUCGUCCUCUUCACCGCGCCGCCGAAAUUAUGCGAGCACAACGAUACCGUACGAGCGCUGGCGAGCGACAAGAUCCUCAACCCCGAAGACCGCACCCUCCUGCCCAAAAUCGCCUUCACCUCCUUCGCCGCGCGCUACCAACCGCCGCAGCUGAGCGAAGGCCUCGAGGAGAUCAUCCCGGUGGAUUUCGUCUUCACGGGGGAUGCGACGCAGAGGGGAAUAUGGUCGCGGUAUUGGAUUUCAUGA